AUGUCUGCGAAACGCGGAAUACGACUGCUUCAGCCCGCCAUUGCUGGAGCUGGACGACUGGCCUCGCACCCCAAUUCUGCCUCCAACGCCCUCCAUACUCUGCGCCCACUAUCUACACCGUGUAGAAGACCGAGGAUAAGCGUCCGAACACCGUCCGCGAGCAAUGCUCUCCGCUUUGCGUCUUCACAGGCAGACGAGCCAGCCAAGACUCCUCUAUACGAUCUCCACGCGGCUCAUGGCGCAAAAUUCGUGCCGUUCGGAGGGUAUGCGAUGCCCGUCCAGUACGGCGACUUGAGCGUUGGGGAGUCACACCACUGGACGAGAGAAAAGGCCAGCUUGUUCGAUGUGAGCCACAUGGUCCAACACCACUUCUCCGGACCUGGUGCCGACGCCUUCCUUUCACUCAUCACGCCCUCGUCUCUCUCCACCCUCAAACCCCACCACUCGACCCUUUCAACUCUACUCCACCGAGAGACCGGAGGCAUUGUGGAUGAUACCGUAAUCACCCGGCUAGACGCCACCCACUUCUACGUCGUUACGAAUGCUGGUUGCAGGGCUAAAGACUUGGAGUAUCUCCAGACGGAACUCGCUGCGUGGAAGGAGGCGGGCAACCCAGAUGUGAAAUGGGACGUGCUGGAAGGACAGGGUCUCGUUGCGCUACAAGGCCCAGCCGCUGCAGAUGUUCUUGCCUCAGUAAUCGCAGAUCCCGAAAAGGUCAAGCUGGACGAGCUAUACUUCGGUCAAUCCAAGUACGCAAGUAUCCGCAUCGCAAAUUGGAACACCUCUCCUGAGGUCCUCAUUUCUCGGGGUGGAUAUACCGGCGAAGAUGGGUUCGAGAUUUCCAUUCCUGGCUCCUCCACCGUCGCGGUAACAGAGAAGCUACUCAGUGCUGCUCCUGACGCAGUAAGGCUCGCUGGAUUGGGAGCACGCGACAGUCUCCGACUUGAAGCUGGCAUGUGUCUUUACGGCCAUGACCUGGACGACUCCACCACUCCUGUCGAGGCAGCUUUGGCGUGGGUCGUUGGCAAGGACCGGCGCGCUGAAGGUGGUUUCCACGGCUCGUCCGUUAUCCUUUCUCAGUUGAAACCAAAGAAAGAUGGCGGAAAUGGAGUGACCCGCCGACGUAUCGGACUCGUCGUAGAUGGUGCACCAGCUCGUGAGGGUGCCUCGAUCGUGGAUGCCGAAGACAAUGUCAUCGGGACAGUCACAUCCGGAUGUCCGUCUCCGACACUGAAAAAGAACAUCGCCAUGGCGUACAUCAAGGACGGCUCGCACAAAUCUGGGACUGAAGUUGCAGUCCUGAUAAGAGGGAAGCGGAGGAAAGCGGUGGUGACGAAGAUGCCAUUCGUCCCAAGCAAGUAUUACCGUGGUCCUUGA